CAUGGAUGUCCCAGUACUUGAUAGAAGAGUAGAUGAUGGAAUAGGGUACAUGGACCUGGUCAAGAGAGAUAACCUCAAGAUAGCAACAUAUAAUGUACUUCCAGCACCCAAAUGAGGGAUCUCAAGGUGGCUUAGUGCUCCCAGGUUACGUUAUAACUAUCAAAUCGAUACUUUGCUUCCAUCUUUGGACGCAGAUAUCAUCUUUCUUCAAGGGUGUACAAGAGAGUAUUUGAGACUUUUGUUGCAAAGUUCUUUACUGGAGAAAUAUAUGGGGUCUAGCCACGAGGCCACAAGAGAUAAACAGAAUUUUCCAGUUGUAUUAUCUACAAUCCCAUUUGAGGAGUUGCUAAUUAGGGAUAGGGCCAUUUACUGCCUUUUUGAGUGCAAUAACAAGCCAUUUGUAUUAAUCAAUAUUCACCUUAACACUCUUGGAAGUUCGAAAUCCAUGAGAGCAAUAGAACUGUCAAAGAUAAACCAGAACUUACAGAUAAUUUGAGAACUUGCAGAUGACGAGAGUCAAAAGAGCAGGAUUAGACAAGCGCUUGAUAACAAUAACAUCAUGAUUUUGGGUGACUUCAACAUGCAUUUUCCUUCAGAAAACAAGACACUAGAGUCUUUGAAUUACACAGAUUUGUGGCUAGAUAAGCACUCUCAUCUGUCAGGAUAUACUUAUGAUGGAAAAACAAAUAAGCUUCUGUGGAGUCUACAACAGUUUGAUAACAGAAGACUGAGAUUAGAUAGAAUUGCUCUAAAGAGACAUAGCCAGAUUGAGGCUGAAAAUAUCCAGCUGUUUGGAAAUAAACCAAUUAACCCAUGGUUCAAACAAAGGCUCUUCCCAACUAUGCCAAGCGAUCAUUAUGGAAUAAUGCUCAAGUUUAAAAUUAAUGAUGUUAAAACUGAGGAUAACAGGUUCGGCAUGUAUCAUGAUGAGUUUGGCAUGCUGCCUCGAAACACUACAGGAUAUCGCAGCCCUAUGAAAAUAUGGGUUUAUAGAAUCAUAGCGUCAUGGGUUGUCUUCAUAACGCUUGCCCUGCUAUGCUACUACCUGUGCAGCUUUUUUAAUGCCUCAUAAGUUUCAAUA